GAGCACAGAAGCUCCAGAGUCCGGAGAGAGCUGUUGUUGUCCUCCUCUCAGAUUUAACGUCCCUUUAACUCACAACCAACUUCUCCACAGAUUAUCAACGACAGUCAAACUCUGCCGCCAUGAAGGAGAGCGGAACUUUUUGUCUUUGGCUUCAACUUUUCACCGCCUGUCUGGUGUUUGGGGUGUUUGGGGUGAACGGUAAGUUGUUUCUUUGUGUUUGUUUACAGUUCAAACCGCAGCCGUUAGUGUCCGCGCGACCACGACCGUUAGUGCAGAGAGUGUUUGAAAUUUAAGUUAAAGUCUCUCAAUAUCCGCCUCUUUCUCUCUGUUUAAUCAGGAGUAGGGUUGUUUCUCAUUUCUCACACUCAUUAGUAGGUGUGUGUGUUUGGUAUGUGAUGAUUUAAUCUCAGCCUGGCACAAGUGGGACCGUCAAUUCAUCACCAAAGAAACCGAGUAGGCUGUGGGCAUUUUGUAGGAGCACAAGUUCAAGCGAUGCUUGAAUAAGUGGACAGGACGUGUGGGAAUGUGAGAAGUCAGGCAUUGCUCAGCUGCCUGUCCCUCUCAGUUUGUCUAACUGCUUCUUAUUUUCUUGAUCUUGCUAAUUAAAACUGCGAUCAACUGCAAUAACUGAAACCUCGUUAAUGUGAGCUUCCUGCUGCCUUUCAGCUAAUAGUUCUAAUAGCAAACAUUCAAGUCUUUUUUAUGUCAUGCACUUGUACAUGCCAGGACUUGCAACUAAUACCUAAAUGUAGGUUCAUUUGAGCAGGGUUAUUCACCGAGGAGUUUUCAAUGAAAUCUUUCACUUUAUGUUUUUAGUAUAAAACUAAUUGAGCACACCAUAUUGAGGUGGAAAAUGUUCUUUUUAUUAAGCUCAGACAAAACAAAACACUAUGUUUUUUUAAGGGCUAUACUGGAUGAAUUGUGUGUUUUAACUUAAUAACUGAUAUUUGACUGAAGUGUCAAUUUAAGUGCUGUAGCAGUUACAGAUGGUAUUCAUGUAUUUGUGCAGUCAAAAUUUGUGAUGUUUUAAGAUAACCUUGUCUUUCAAACAAUGUAAUAUCUAUUAUUUAACAUUAAGAUAGUUUCAAAAGGCACAAUGCUUAUGAAGUAAAAAGAUUACAUUUUGACCAAAAGCUAUCCUGACACAGAGAUGAAGUGAGAGAGCUCUGGUAAGAUAAACAAAGCUGCAAAUCUAAAAUGAGAUGUUCUCCACGGCUACACUCUAAAGAACCUCAUAAACGUGUACACAUCUCUGCACAAAUGUGCAGGAGCGUGGUUUGUUUACAGCUGAAGCCAUGUUUCUUCCUGCCUGCUGUUUGUUUUGCUGCCCUCUGUGACAACCCCGACACUGCCAGCUCUACUCAUUCACAGGUCAGCGAACACUGACGUUUGUUAGGUUUUUGUAACAUCUAAUUAAAACACACAUUAUAUUUAUGUCUGUUUUAGUCAGAGAGCAGAUGAUAGGGACAGUGGUACCACACAGUGUGUUUUCUGUCAGUCCUAACUUGUGGACUGUUGAGUGGCUGCUUCACACCACUGUGACUUUUUCCUGACCAGCUCUGUGUGCAGACUGAAAAUCAUCAUGACACAAAAAUUUAAUCUAAUCUAAAGCAUGACAUAAGGAAUCGUCAGACAUUUGUUCUUUCUUUUGCAUGGCGACGUAUCGUGCGUAUCCAAACCCACUCAGGCGUUGUGCUGCGUGACAUGGAAUCAAUCGUCUGUGGGGAAUAAUAUACAUUUAGUUUGGACUGCAGCUGUAAUCUGGAUGUGAAAAUGCAAGAUAUACUUUUUAUUCUCGGAAACCUUACAAAAUUCAAAGAAUCACAAAAUGAUAAUGAGGGAAGGAUAUCUUUAUUUUUUGUGUCAGGUUUUGUAGGCCACCCACUAAUGCCAGAUUGGUGGUAAAAGAAAUUAUGCCUUAGGGGAUUUUUUAUGCACAGUGCCCCUUUUAGGGAGAAUGAGACUUACUGACUGGCUAUUAUACUUGUCCAUGUCCACCUCAUGCCAUAGGCGGGUGUCUUUGUGAGCACUUCAAUAGAUCAAACACAUUUAGGCCAUUGGACAAAAGGAGAACAGCCUGGUUUUACACUCUUCUUUUUCCUCUGCACACAGCAGUGAGAAGACAGCACAUGGCACACACGUUUCUCCUGCUGUGAUGUUUUUUCCAACUGUGAAUCUUAAUGUUCCAUUGAGCUCCUUGCACAUUUAAAAAGAGCUUUUGUAACUUAGGUUGGAGCUGUAUGAAAGACUUACUUGUAUGUAUCUUGUCAGACUAAACUUUUGGACUUUUGAGUUUACACACGACUCAACCUUUGACAUUUCCUCCCACGGAUCAGUGCUCACUAUCAGGUCUGGUGUGUUUUCCAUCCUGUGACAGAGAUAUCUGGAAUAUGAGCAGAGAACAUUAAAAAAGUUAGCAGGAGAACAUGUCGAUCUUGUUGUGUAAGUGAUUCAUUUCAUCCUGAUGGUGUCAUAAAACAGUUUUAAAUUAAAACUUGGAAACAUUAUUUGAUAUUUUUCAGGCUGUUCAGCUUAAACCUUGACCUUUCUCUGUAGGGUCAGUCCUUCUCAUACAACACCCUCAUAUAAAGUUGCAUGACUGACACCAGCUGUAUUACGUACAUGAAUGUUUGAUAUACAUUUUAGUGUUGAAAGAAAGUGACAAAGAAUACAGCUCUCUUAAUGAAAAGCACACGUCCUAUCAUGUUUGUUCUUCCAUGCUCCAGGACGGGACAGGGCAGCCUCGGAGAAUAGGUGUGGUUGCACUGACCACAACGUUGAGUCAUAUUUCCGGAUGCAGCCGCCAACACACACGACAUGCCGCCAGUGAACUUCCACCCACAACAGCGCCCACUUAGCCCCAUUUACACUGUCAGGGGGGCUGUGGGGGGACGGGACUUGUUGCUGCUGUGUCAUGCAGAAUGUUUACAGAGCAGAAUUAGUGCUGAGGGGUGAGGUUCCCCCUCGAGUUUUCCCUGAUUAGGCUUAAUUCAGCAGGUUGUUGCCCACUUGUCCUAUCUGUUUGCUGCUGAGCAGAGAAAAGUGGGAAAUGGUGUUCUGUGUCAAGGCUGAGGCUUUCUUUUCUCACAACAACAGCACUUAGUGCAACUGAGUGAACCAGCGCUAAAUAUAGCCAGACGCUGGGCCAAUGGCGUGGCAGCAGAGUGUGUGGAUGUGUAAUUUGUGGAUGUGGGCAGGUGCAUUUUAAUACUUUUCGGUUGAAAUUGGUGCAAAUGUACUUGUGGGUGUAAGACAGGGGUUUAGUUCCUAAUAUAUCAUGCAGGUAUUGGACUUUGUUAAUCAGAAAUUUAAUUUCCUGCUGAUGUGAUGGAUGUUCCUUUCCUGCAGAUUAUCUGCAUAUUCAAAUCCUGAAGUGACUUCUGUCCAGGGUUUAAUUAAGGCUCAUAUGACAGAGAAAUUAAAGUCACCGUUAAUUUUAAUGCAAAGUGUAUUUCUUUUGACUGAUAAGGUCAUCUAUAGUACUUUGUUCUCCACACUACUGUAAAAAGAAUCUGUUUUGAUUUUGAACGUUUUUUAAGGACAAUACGAUUCUGCAAAUGUAGACUUUGAGCAAGACAUGGAAUGAUUUCUACAGUGAAAACUAAAAUCAGUCACAUCAGGUAUUAAAUUACCGCACGUUGUUCCAAAUUUGCCGUAUAGCUCCAGUCUAAAAUGUAAUGUUGAGACUGCAGGACAUACUGUGGAUCCAAAAAGCUGUUGAAGAUGUCAGAAACCUGCAUCCUCCACCAUGGAGAUGGAGCUGUUGUCCACAGUGAUGAUUUCACCCAACUCCUCCAUCAUCCUGUUUUAGCCUUUUCCCUCUUUUUAAGGAUAUUUGUCCUUCCGGUUGAGACCAGACUUGGUGCUUUUGCCCUGCAGCCUUUCCUCUGUUACUUUAGUGAAUACACUGUACUCCGCUGCAUGUUUGGAUUUUUGAUGUGGUAUCAAAUUGGAAGGAAUAAACACAACUCUUCUACUACCCCUUGCAAAAUGAUUCCUUGUUUUGCUGUUUUUUGUUUGCCAAUGCUAAGUUCUGUGUGUAUUUGCAUUCUCUUUAGGAUGGCUGAUGUAAAUGGUCGAGGUGAGCUGGUUGACUCCAGAUUGGCCCUGAUCUGAUAGCUGAGUUUGGGACGUACCUAAUAUUUUGAUUUUAAACCUAAUAUUUGGUACAUACUCUUUAACACAAAUAAUCAGACCACUUAGAUAAGGAGAGCAUAAAUCAUAAUGUUUCAGAACACACAAAGGGAGGUUUGUUUGUAAGUGAGAUACUCAGCAUUAUAAAGUCAUUGAGGAUAAAUUCAAUAACCCUGAUUAUCCCAAAAAUGGAAAUUUGCCAUGGUCAGCUGUUCAUAAUCUAGUAUAAGACCUUAAUUCAUCCCGUCCUCUGUAAUAGGUUUGAUUGUUUGAUUGGCUCUUUUGAAGUUAAAUGACCCUUUUUUACACCCUUGCCUGUUAUUUCAUUGACAAAAAACCAUGAAUAGAUCAAUCAGGAAAACUAGGACAGUUUAUUUGAUAACCAAACAACAGGAGUAAAAGUGUUUGGGUCAUUCGGCCCUGAGGUCUUGUGUCCUCCGAUUUUAUGAAUGUAAAUGUGUGUAAGUGUGUAUUUCAUUGUGAAAUUGAUCUCAUACCAUCUGCCUUUAUGGGCUUUUCCCCUUCAGGCUGCUGUCUUCUUCUUCUUCAUCAAUGAUGACUUUAUUUUUACUUUCUCACCACAUCCCUUAGGGCGAAAGAGGACAAUUUCUCUGGUUUGAAUUUUGAAUAGCUCCUCUAAUCAAUCUUUCAUUGCAAUAUGGAGUAUCUUUCUAAUUUGGGACACUUUAUUAGUAUGUGCCGGCCCACUUUCCGAUCUGCCAUCUUAAAUAUUUUACAUGCUGUCAUUAUCUGAGGACAAAGAGUGAGUGCAUGAAUGUUCAGUUUCUGGCUUCUGUGAUCAGUCAUCUCUCAUCUUGGUGACAGUAUUGAUACAGUGCAGUGCGACUCCAUUCAGUGUAGACUGUUGUUGUGUUACUAUUCCUGGCUGUCUUUCAGUUAUAGUACCACAGAGUAAAGCUUGUUGUUAGGCUGAUGGUGCGUGACGGUGAGUGUGUGUAUUUUUAGAUGCUGGCCCUUGUGUUUUUAUUAUGAUCAUGUGAGCAGCAGCAGCAGCAGAUGUCUGUUGAGCUCUGGAGUUGCCAAGAUAACGGAAAGCUCACCUGCAGAUGGAGUCCAGCUGAGUUUAGUCCUGAAAGAGCUCAGGUCAUUUAAGGACUCGGUCCGAAAUCCGCCUCCUGUCACACCUACUGUUCACUCUCUCCUCAUGUCUCUUUCACUGCUGCAGUGCAGUUUGGCAACGGCAGGGUGUCCGAGUCCGACUAGAUAAAGACUCUACAGGUUUAAAGACGUCUUAUUACGCGGCCUCAGCAUUUUCUUAACAGUUUAAAGAUGGAGUGGACGUUUUCUGUAAGUGUGUGUGUGCACUGUUCAGCCGUUUCUCCCUGUUCUUCUGGAACACUGAGUUCCCACACAGCCUAUAUACACUCCAGCAUGCCAGUGAGCACAUAACAGAGCAGCAGAGGGUGAACUGUUUACAGGGCCUUAGGACACAGCAGACAUAUACAUUCACAUGUUUAUUCACAUGUAUGCAUUUAUCACAUCUUACUGAACUACAAGGGCCUAUUACAUCUACAGAUUUAUCCCAAACUUCCCUGUUUUGGCUCUUUUUAAAUGAAAGAUGCCUCUAUUAAUAGUCCCCCUAAAAGCCACUUUGUCCAAAGACUUUAGAAACUGUCAUACUAAAUCAAAUUUUUGUAUACUUUAGAUUUAUUUCCCGUCAUCUUUCAUAACUCAAGGAUAAUUCAGACGGAGGAGAUUCUUGCCCAUGGCUGUGCACGAUGUUCUUAGCGCAGCAUGCUCUGUCACUGACACUCCUCUACAGCCCGCAGGAAUAAGGAUGCUUUAUAUCAAGCUGAUUAAGACUCGAUCGCUCACUUUUGUCAAGACCAUUUUUAUCCAAAGAGCUUAUUUAUUUCUAAAACAAGCCGUCGUCAGCGUCCCUUAAGAGACCCCCUUUCCUGUCAUUUAUGUCCUGAAAUGCCCCCGUGGUUAUUUUAAGUAAUGGUGCGCAGCUCUAAAUGACAGCAGAUCUCAUUGUAACGUCCUCAGGGGAUUUCACUCUUUUGUUGUGAUAUCUCUAUUAAGAUAAACGAGUUGUGCCUGGCGUAACCUCAUGGGCUCUCGGAAGGUCAGAGGGCAGGUACGUUUCCUCAGGAUGCUGCUUGUUGACUUGUGGAGAGUUAUUUUCUGUGAAGCUCCUUCAGGAAACACGUGCUCUGCCCGUAUUUUCUGCAGCUCAUUUGUCUUGGUCACGUAAACAUGGUUCAGUCUCAUCAUGGUCAGUCUCACUCAUGCCAAAGGCAGCAGAAAAUAGUCACUGCAGUCAGUUAAGAUCGAAGGCUAUGUCACCAAAAUCUUUCCAAACCAAGUCAUACCAGAAAAAAUCAUAUAUUUGGUGCAAGCUGGAUUUAUUGACACUGACUCUGACAUUUUGAUACACUAUCAUUAAGAAAUAUUACUGUAUACACAGAGACAGUGCCUGUUCUCAUUUAUGAUGGUGUACCUGAGGCCUGCUGAGUUUUAACAGUCUUACAGGCGUUCUUGUUGUUAGCUGGAUUAUUCAUUGACUCCAGCUCUGACUGUUCUGUGUUUUUGGUUGGGCAUUCUUUGGCUGAUGCAUGAUGGGAAAGGCACAGACCAUGACUCACGAGGAGUGAGAAUAAACACAAUGCCCUGUGGGAAUGGCUUGUCCUGCCAAAUGUAAACUCCACAUACCUCCCUAAUCUGUCACUGUGGCAGGCACUAAAUAGGGCACCAUGUUGGCCACUUCUCCCUGCUGUAAAUUUUGAUCAAAAUAUUUAAAUGUGUUUUCCAGCAUUACAAUCACUGCAAAUGAUGUGUUUGUGGGUGCACCCUCAGAUGAAUCAUAGCUGUUUUAAGUUGUUUUUCAAUUUAUCAGGAGAAAUAUGUGUUUGUUGACAUAAUGAAACAACUGUCAUAAUUCAGCCUGUUGUUACGGGGCUGUGCCCACAUUGACUGACAUAUCAAGAAAACAUUAACAUGCUCGGACUUGCUGUAACUGUUGUUCUUUAAAAAAGACGAGAGUUUCUCUCAGCACACACACAGCCUGAGGAGGGUUGCUGCAGAGGUCAGAGACCUGUGGAUAAAUAGCGGAAUAAGUUUUGUGCCCAUGCUCGGUGUAUUUUUGGAUAACUGAUUAGUUUGGGAAAUUUUCCUUAUAUAGUCAGCUGCAGCAGCAUGAAGGCUCUAGUUUGCCCAGAAGGUGGAAAAGCAUUUCACACCCACAACUUCAACAUUUGUGCUUUUGUUAAGAGUGUGCUCGGGGUAACCACUGCUUCAAGUGGAAUAAAAAAUCAGUGCCAGCCUUCCCCUUAUUUGUAAAUGUGUGUAUUGUGCAGAGAUAACCGUAAAUAAUCAGUCUUCUGUUCUAAAGUUCACACUUAAUUAAUUUACCUCAAGUUUUAUAUAUAUAGAUUUUAUAAAGUAGCUUUGCUGCAGGGCGCAGAUAAGUCAGAUCAGGCUUUCACUUGGUAGAGUCCCCACAAAGAUAAGAGAGGACAGAAACUGUCUGAGGAAGAAAAUAAGAGCAGAGAAAGAGUCAUGUGGUGACCGAACCUAAAUUAACAUGAAUUGAUGUAGACGUGUGUUGUCGUCAUCCAGCUCUGCUUCUUUCUGCCCUUUGGUAACUAGGCCAACUUCCUGUUUAUCUAACACUGCCGUAGAGAUUUGUAGGUUCUUGUUAGUUUGACGUUUCUCUCUGGCAAAAACAGACGUGAGUGAGUGUGUGUGUGUGUUGUGUAACACCUGUUACAGGUAGUGUGCCAUGGAUAACAUGUUUGGAGUGCUCGUGUGAAACCCUCAGAGAAAGUGUUUUAUGGAGUGGACAAAUAAAAGGUACUUUAUGAAGAAGGCUCAGUCCGCUAAAAAAACAGACGUUUAGGAGUGAUGGUGCUGUGUACUGGAGCACUGUGUGUAACAGGAAGAGUCAUUUUGGGGGAUGACACUUUUGAUGUGCUAAUUUCCAUCCCCAGUCCCAUUUCAGUUUGAACUGUUGAAACCAAAGCUUGUUUUUUAAUCAUUCAGUAAUAAAUGAAACUGAAAUAACAGCCACAGAAAUCAUUGUAACAGAAAUUCAUGCCGAUCUGAAACUUCACCUUAAUGGAUUUCAUGAUUAUAGGGAAGAUGAAGUUUUGGUUUCCUCUGAAACAGGAGAGCAGCUCUAAGUUAUGUCAGGUUCAAAACCAGUUAACGGUCUUCGUUCUGUAACAGGUUGAACAGGAAAGUCCCUGUUUUCUAUUGAGUGGGUGUAAACUUUGUAAAAAAAGCAAAACCAAUUUGGUGCCGUCAUAUUUUUAAACCGACUGUUGAACUGAGAGAAAAAAACAGGGAACCCUCUCAUUUCCUCAUUCCUGUAAAAUUGUAUACAGUUGAGUCUUUUCCAGACUGUGGUAUCACUCUGGGGGUUUUAUGGAGUCUCUGGUGGUCUGACCACUGUCUCUUGGCUGACCACCUUGACUAAUACAUGACGAAUUUCAUAUCAUCAAUGAAACCAGCCUGCUGACACUUCUCUAAGUUUCUUUUUGGUCAGGGCAGAACAUGAUAAACUGUGUCUGUUUAUUUAAAGUUUAUCAGAGAGUCUCAUUAAACUCGUUUUUUAACUCCAUUCAUUCAUCGUUGUUUUCUCUCACACUUCCCGGAGGGAGCUGUCUGCCAGUGAAGGAAGGGAGGUAGUGUUCCUCCCCAGAGAUAAACAGCAGCAACAUUUGGGUGAGGAGGAUGUGUUGGCGCUGCUUCCCAAAUCCAGCGCCCAACAGUCUCAUGAGAUGUGAGAGCACUUGAAGGCCAUGACACUGGAUCCAGCACUGAUAAGAUAGGGCAUCCAUAAAGGAAGUGCAGUUCAGAUGAGGAACAGCCAAACAGGAUGUUGGGAAAGUGAAUCUCUCUCUCUUUCUCUCAGGAGCAAUGACGCAAACUUAGCCUAAUGGAUAACAAAUCUAUGUCCUGUACAUUUUCUGCAGUGCUGCUCUUUUUUUUUCCCUCAGAGUUUGCACUGAAAAAAAAACAUCAGGAUACUCCUGGAGAGUGCUUUGUGAACAAGAAAAGAUGUGUGUGUCUGUCUGUGUGUUGUGGGGUUUUAUGGAUGGAGAGGAGGACACAGCUUUGCACAGGAAGCUUCUCUAAAAUGCCAUUUCCAGCCGUGGCCUUGGGGCCCCUGAAUUAUACCCUCAGCGGGACUAAAAGGCCACUUUUCCUCCAGAGAAAUCUAAAAAAAAUAUUUAUCUUCUCCUCGGAGUUGUGUGCUUUGUUUGAGGUGGGAGAGGUACCCCGCUGAAACGCUGAAAAAAGGGGUCAGAGCUCCUUUUUUAGCCCCAAAGUCAGACGCCGUGGUACUUCAACCGCCAAUUUCACACUUAAAGUUCGACCUCAAUCUCCUCGACAAUUAUCUAAAUGAUAAGUGUUAACGUAGAAUGUCCUCCCUGUCUUCUGGGGCUCUAACAGUCUCCCAAUUAUUUACUUCCUACAUACACAAGAAUCAAAACAGGCUGUAAUGAAAGAGUUCUGUGUCUAUAUUAAGAAAAAAAUGUAAUUACUGUGUCAUUGUUGUGUUUGAUUUACUCGUUGCUAAAACUCUGUCCAGACUGUCGCACUCGUGGUUCUUAAAUUUCAUUUUUUUUCUUGCCUUAAUUGUUUUCUAAGAAUAGUUUUCAUCGUUUCCACAGGACUCAGAAUAAGAAAUGUUAUUUGUCUGUGUCUCAUUCAGUAAAACCAGGACACGCCUCUUGAAUUUUUUUUUUUCCACACUUGCAGUGAUCUGACAUGAUUUCCCUCGUGUUCACAGAGCUGCCAGAUUGUUAGGUUCAGGUCGGGGAGCGGUGAUGCUGCUGGAAGCGUCCAGCGUUUGUGUCGUGUUUACACUGUAGUGAUGGCUUACUCAGCUGUUGGAGUCAUCACAUCCAACCUGCAGCAGGCUGUUUACUUUUCAUUCAGCUGCACAACAAGGAAAUAGAGGACAAGUUUUAACACCAGAAGAAAACAGGAUUAUACAUUUUUGACUCUUGUACAAUCUGAUGUAGAUGCUUCAAAACUGUGCAGGGAUUAAACAUGGACAACAUUCAUGCAGAAUAACAAACCACUCACACUCCACAAUGGCUUCAGCAUCUGAUGGUCCUGCCUCUGCCCUGAAAUAUGAGCUGAAAAUACCAGAAGCUUGACAGGAAAUGCCGAGCUCUCAGGCAUUUAUGAACGUAAAAUGAAAAGUUCAUACCACAGGAUUCUCGAAUAGCUGCUUUUCUCUUGUAGCGUUUCCCUCUGGGUUUUUUGUUGUUGUAAAAAAGCAGAACUGAGACUUUUAUGAAUCAUUUCCCCCUUUUUCUGUUUUCAGGUGAUUACUGUAAGGUGAACGUGUGCAGUAAUGGUGGAACAUGUGUGACCGGGGCAGGAGCUCCGUUCAUCUGUAUCUGUCCUGACGGCUUCACUGGAGAAACUUGCAAUGAGACGGAGACCGGUGAGUAAUAUCUCUGAGAUCCAAAUGUCAAUGAAGUAUAAAGAGAUGGAGGUUUAGUUUUUCCUUUCUGCUGAUUUGAGGCUGUGAUAAAUGAUGAGAGCAGAGAAGAAAAACUACAGACGCUAAAAAUCCUUCACUUUAGCCUGGAGUUGAAAUCAAAUACACUCCACACAGGACGAUCUCUGAUAAUCAUUGUCUUCUUCUGUUUCCCUCUCAACAAAAAGGACCGUGCAACCCCAACCCCUGCAAGAAUGACGCCAUCUGCGAGGUGAGGGGGAACACACGUCGAGGUGACGUCUUCAGCGAAUACGUCUGCAAAUGCCAGCCGGGCUUCGAUGGAGUCCACUGCCAGAACAGUGAGUUACUGCAGCCUCUUUUAUGCUUAUUUAUCUUCUGACAAUUAAUGACCAUAACUGUUUCCUGUAGAGUUGGGUUAUAAGUUUGAAAUGAUGAUUUACAGUCUUGUUUUUACUCUAUUUGAGAUCCUGGUGAAAGUUGUUUGGUGUUUUAACUCUUUGAGAGGGUUUCUUCCAGGCCUCAAGGGUCGACUAUGAGUUAAGAAUGUCACCCGUCUCGGACAAAACAACCAACUUUUGCUUUAUUUAUUUUAUGUCUUAUUGAACAAGUAACCACAUUUGUCUGUCACACAUUUAGUCAUCAUCACAGUCGUUGGUCCUGAUCAUUUCAUGAAAAGAUCACAGAGUUGUUGCUGUGAAUUCGUUCAACUUUAAGCUCCUCUAGCUUUACACAAGGAAAAAUCUCAGUGAUGCUGCCAAAAUAAAUAUAUUUGCAAUCUGAUAGCAACAAUAAUAAUACAGUUUCCUUGUUUUUUUUCUUUGUAACCUGACACACACACACACAUACACACACAUACUGUAAGAUGGAAACAGCUGCUGCGUGCUGGCCACCAAACAGGCAGCUGUCUCCCUAAUGGGAGCUUCAUUCACUCGUCACACAGACCAGGUUGGUUCAGUCAGGGUCAUCUCAAGACAGGGACCCAACUCUAGGAACAUGUGCUGCACUCCUCCAACCGCCUGCAGCCCCCCCCCCCACACACACACACACACACACACACACACACACACACACACAGACAGAUGGCUACUGUUUGUGUGAGAGGGAGGAAGAAAAACAGUAGCCAAGUGUUCACAAAGAAGCAGCUUAGAGGGAAUCAAGUGGAAAUCUCAGGAGAGGCCUAUUUUGAAUUUGUGCUUGAUCAUGUUUGCCUUUUGAUCCUAGGUGUCCAAGGCGCAGAUUUAAUAACAGAAGAAGGUAACAGGAGGGAGAGACUUCUGUGUGUGUUUGUGAUCUGGGCUGUGUGGACUCUUUCCUUCUUUGAUCCAGGUGCUCUCUGCUCUCAAGGCUGCAUGUGGAGGCUGUGGAAUAUAACACACAGGCACACACAUAAACACACACACAGUAUGCACAAACACACAAAGACAAGGAACUGCUGAGUUCAGCACUAUCUCCCCUUGUGUCUGAGAAGAGGCUGCAAGACCAAGUCCCAGAAGCUACACACCCCGCUAUCGGGUUAACUCCCUCAUGCCUGAGAUUAGGGCUGGGCGAUAAACAGAUACUGAAAUUUAUGACAAUAACUGACGUCAUUUUGCCUAUCAAUAUAUCCGGUGUCAAAAAAGGAAAUAAAUCAAAGUUGGUUUUGGAUGUGUGUAGGUAGGCUAUGGUCUCAUGUCCCUUUAAGACGCUGUCCUACAUCAGAGACGUGACUCCACCCCAUCCAGUCCGUAACAAAGAGGGAAAGACAGGUGAGGAGAUGGAGGACGGUUCAAAAGUUGUAGUGGCUGAAGUAGACAAAGUAAAUGUGGGAGGGGGUGAGCAGCUUGUGGAGUAGUUAUCGUUCAUUUAUCAUAAUUGAGGUAAACUAAUCAAUAUAUUGUGAUAUUGAUUUGAGGCCAUGAUGCCCAGCCCUACCUACCAGCCCUAGAUGUUAGUUAAAGUCUACAAAAACUGCUCAUCCAGAUAUCCUCUCAUGGAGAAUGAUACUCCCUCAAACCUUGUGGAAACUCCUCAUCUUCUCUCUUGUUGUUUUAACCGUCUAUUUAAAUCUGUAACUCUCUGGUCGGUAGUUAUUCUGCAGACGUUCUCGGUCUACUGUAAAUAACACUGCCCUGUUAAUUAUUUGUAUUUGAACUUACCCAAGAGAGCCACAAAUCACAGCUCAUCAAAAUCCAUAGAUUCACAUAUUCCUCUUGGCAGGCACUUUUGGCCCCGCUGCCAGAAGAAGAAGAGCCCUCUGCAGAGCGGGCUUUUACACUAAUUAGAUAAUGCUUCAGGGAUGAUCAUGGUGAGGGGAAUUUAUUUGACCUUGUUGGUUUUUUGAGAACCCCCCUGAGUGCCGUCUUGUCAGGGAGGCGCCCCUCCAUUCACAAGCACUGAUGAGUGUGUUGUGACAGUUUAAGUGCUCUCUAAUUUGUGUGCAUGUGUGGGCAAGAAGCGAGGGUCACGACAGCCAGCUCCCGCCGCGUGUGUGAAACAGACAGAAAACCAGGGACUGUGGCGAACUCAGGGAGGAAGAUUGUGUAAUUAAACAUUUAACUAUCCUCAUCCUCACUUAUGCAUAUGAUGAUAAACAUUUGAGGAGUCGUGUUAAUUUAGGUUGCCACAAUCCUCUUUUUCGAGGUCAAUUGUGAACACAAAGAUUGACAAUUUCAGUCUUGACAGAGUGGAGCCAGAUGUAAAGUAGGCUUUUUUCUCGACCAAACCACUGCAUCAAGAAAAAAACUAUAAAUAGAAAAGUACAACAGUCAAGAGGUGGAAGAUUGAACAGUUGGGAAUAGAAAGUGGAAAAAAUAGCAACAUCUCCUCCAAAAAGAACGGGACUGAAGGAAAAACAAAGGAAAAUUUUAUUUUUGAGGAUCAGGAGAAAGUUUAGAGCGGUCCUCUUACUAAAAAGAUUCACAAUUCCUCUCUAAGGAACAGAAAACAACUCCUGCUCCUACUUGAACAACCACACACAGCUCAUGAUCUCAUAUACACACUGUUUUAGCAUACACACACACACACAGUUCAUCCCUCGUUGGCAGUCUAGCCAACAGAAAGUGGCGGUCCACGCUGAGCGCUCGUAGCGUCAGCGCUGCUACUGUUGCCAGGCGGAAAAGUGAAGGUGGAGGCGGAACAGUGAAUUAAAUCUGCCCUCCUGACAAUGUCACACUCGCCGCUCAGGUCUGACUGCAGCACCUCCAACUGUCCUGCCAAAUAGUCCUGAAAGCUUUUAUGAUCUGCAGAGAGAAAGUGUGCGAAGGAGAAUGUAGAGAAGUAGACGGAGAGAAAGAGAUAGCAGCAGAUGGAGGAUGAGGCGGAAGAGGGAGUGUGUUUUCCUAACCAUCAGGGUCUGAAUCAAAGCUUUUCAGAACAGAUUAGUGCAGAUAUUUGUUACUUAGGGGUGUGUGUUUAUGCUGGUGCCGCUUUAGCAGAUGUUUUGAAAGGGUUUUCAGCUCCUCCCAAGAUGUGGUCCUGUGGGCAGACUGGGCACAAUGCCCCCUGUGGACUACAGGGUUAGUAAAGACACAUGUGAACCAGUGUUUGUGUGUUUUUGUUUGUGUUGUCAGGGGUCUGCCAUGUGUUCGCCGGUUUACUUUUCAUUAUCAGGUUAAAUUGUCUCAUUUGAGGCCAACAUGGAAUCAAAACAUGCUCUUGAGUGACACCAACAGCUGAUCGCUUCAGACUGAAGUUCACAGGAAAUCAUCAACGUGAGACUGAAAGGCUUCUAUUAUUAAGGCUUGUACGAUAGAGCAACAAAGUUAGCACUUUUGAAAUCCAGGAUUUGAUCUAUUUUUGGGGUUUGUUAAGACUGGUUCUAGUCAAAACUAAAUGACUCUCAUCGUUGCACCUUGUUUUAGAGUCGAACACAGUUAUAAAUGUUAUAUAAAUGUCUUGAUGGAGGAGGAAAUCAUUAUAAUGAGGUUUGCUGAGAAAACAUUCAGGUUUCCAUCUUUAACUCCACUUCUGUUGACCAUUGAGAAGUUGAGGGGAUGAGUAUCCUGCUUGAAGUCCUUCAUAGACACAGAAAACCACAGUUGUGUAUCUGUGUAACCAUAAUGUGGUGUUGAAUAACUCAACACACUUAGUCAGGGAAAAUCCAUCUUCUCUCACUUCAAAGACGGACGAUUUUAUAUUUAAACCACAAGGAUAAAAAAAGACAACUCUGUCAACAUGACGAUUUAUAUCCCUGACUAAGAGGUUAGUCAGAGGAACUUCCCUCUUUAUAAUGGAAAGACAAAAUUAAUGAGUGUAAGUUCCAGCUAACGAGAAGACGAGUGUCUGAAUGUAAAAAUUCAUUGAAGUUCAGGUUCAAUCAAUGUGCAUUUACAAGAUUAAGCUUUUAUCGAACGGUGCGGUGGAUCAGAUUCCUCUAUGAUGGAUUCAGAGUGAGCGUAGAGAAACAAAGCUGAAAUCAAAAAUCUGUAAAUAAACUUUCUGACAUCAGAAGUUUCAUCUCAGCAUCCUGGCAGAGAUCUGAUCCAUAGUUAUUCCUGCUGCUACCGGAUCUCCCUGCUGCACCGCUGCCAGUCCAAAGAGGACACGGCAAAUUAUACAUCUGGAAACUCGUCUUGUAUUUCAUUAAAUAAUGCCGUUGUGGUUUUAUACGGUGACCUUAAUGCCCACAGAGCACCCUUUGGUUACUUUGCCAUGGAAACAGUGAGAGUGAAAAUGAGAGAUUAGAAAUGUGUAAUUUUAUGUUGGUCAGAAGAAAGGACCAACUUAAACUCUGUGAAACACUCUCAUGAAAAAGCGUGGUGGUGAUUGAAUUCAUGCUUUUGUAAUGAAUUUAAAAAAGCAUAUUAGGAUCAUUAAGAUGAUCUUUUUUAUUGUUGUCCUUUUCUUCCUCACAGUCUCUGCUCUUUGACUUUGAGGAGAAGUGUUGUCGUCCGACCGUAACCAUCACAGAUGGCUCAAUUUAGGACUCAGUUUGAGUUGCUUUUGGGCUGAGACCUCAGACUGUGAGUUACAGAGAACAGGAGUUUUAGUACAACACCAUCUACUCCUCUCACACAGCAACACAAAAGCAGCUCCGGCCUUCAGAUGCUGACUCGCACCCUUUUUUUAGGCCUGAAUCCUGCUGUCCACAGCACAGAUCCUGGAUAUUCAGUAGGUAGCUUUGCUGAUCACCACACACACUGCCAGCUGACCUUGGCUUCGCAUCGAUCGAGGUCAGGUUUCAAACAAGCAGUGUGAGAUUUGAUUGGUUUUCACUUCAUGCUGGGACGGAUAUUGACGAUCUAAACACUGUGUGCUGUUUCUGGUAUCAGCUAUAGGCUCUGUAGAGAUGUUCUGUUGCGCACAUCCUCUGCUUUCCAAAUUCUAUAUUUAUAUGCCAACUGUGUACUUGGAGCAGAUGCAGCUAAGUUUGUACCAGCUGAUCAGAUGACAACAUUGUUUUAAUCGGUUUGUAUUUGUAGGGCUGGAAGCGUCUCUGAAUGUCCUGGUAUGACUGAAGUUAGACUACAUGUCUAUUUAAGCACCUCUACCUGCAUGAGGGAUCCUCCUAGGCUCUUCCCUUCCUGACCCCCUUCUGGUUGUGAGGUCAGUGGAUUAGAUUCUGGAGCUGACCUGGCUGUUUGGUUCUCUUGUGCCCAAUCCUCUUACUGGAGAGCCACCAGAUGACACGUCAGGACCGGAGUUUCCAUCAGUCUGUCAUUAGUUCCUGAUACAGGUCUCUGGGUUUGGACAACUCGAGGUUUGGUUGCUUGUUCUGUAAUUUACUUUGAGUACUCAGGCCUGUAAAAGUCUGAGGCAAAUGCAUCCUGGACGUCUUAUAACCUUUAAACUCGGUGGCUGCUUUGGGUUUUGGGUUUUGUUUUUACUUCCUCCUACUCUCAGUUUCUUAAUAAAUGAUACCGUACAACUUUAAAGGGAAUGUAGCCCCAAAAAUCGAAUUAAUCCAAUUGUCAUGAUUUAGCAUCAAGAGGAGUCCUGACUGUGGGCCUCAUUAUCCAGAGUUUUUGGAUGCACAUUUCAGACUGACUGUAUUCCUCCUGCGACUGUUUGGAUGCAGAGCUAUUUAUGGAGCGCGCAUGUGGGUAGGGAGAUGCUGCCAUGUGUGCGCUCGUCAGAUAGAAGCAUAACAUCAGCGUGGCCGGGCUGUUCGCGUGCGUUUUCGUCCAUAAUAACAACCUCAGAGGGUCUAAGCUCAGAGACUCACUGAGUCUCCGUUUUGGUGAGCAGUCAUCUGGACAACCGGCAAGGUUUUUGCCUCUGCGUGGUCAACCUAGAGCGUGUUCAAAGUGGGUUUAGUCACACUGACAGAUCUGGUGGGUGAGAGAUGAAAAGGAGUUUGAGUUUGUUUCCAUGUAGUGCUGCUGAUUCGUUUCCCUCCCUCUGACUCAUCAGACUCUAAGCUGGAGGGAUUGUGUUGGAGGAGGCGCCAUCAAGAGGCCAAACAGAGCGUUACAAGAGUAUUCAGCGUGACAUUUCUCUGAUCCGGCCUUUGAUGAUGAAUUAGCGUCCUUCCAGAGACAUGUUACUCUUGAAAGUUUGGUAUUUUACUAAAGCUGACAGUCACACAGACACACUCCAUUACAUACACACAUCCUGACAGCAUGAGCGCCCAGUGAGAGAGACUGGCUUCUGGUUUCUAAUUUCUCAGACAGUGAGGGACAGAAGCUUCUCUCCUUUACAGCUCCAGCUCCUCUCAGCAUGGCUUUAACUAAUCCUGAUGUGAACCAGCUGAAGAAUUAUAAACCUCAUUGAUUGAGCAUGUCAUGUGAUCUUUACUCACACUUCUAACUGAUUCUGAUCUCCCAUGUGACCAGAUGAUAACAGUUGAUCCUGCAGCUGUUAUUUAACUCUGACCACACUCUUCUGACUUCAUUUUUUCUCGCCCUGUAGACGUGAAUGACUGCGCCGCUCAGCCGUGUGAAAACGGAGGCACCUGCAGGGACCUGGAGGGAGACUUUAAAUGUCACUGUCCGUCUCCUUAUGUGGGCAAACACUGUCAGCUGCGUAAGUGUGACCAGUCAUCACUCCUAAUCUGCACAACAUUCAUGUCUCCAAAACAGACAUGGUUUACUUAGAGUCCCAGAGAGGCAACAGUGCAAAAAAGAAACGUGCACCCCAACACAAAAAGACACAAAACAAAGUAAGCAGAGUUUUUACACUAGCUGUUAUAAAGUUUCUUGUAGCCUCUGAGAGUUUUUAUAGAUGGAAGGGUCCAGGGUUUCACUGGCAAUUUAGAUGCAAAUGAAGCUCAUACUUUCCUUACCCUUGACAAAGGAGUACAAACUGCUUCAUUGUGGCCGUUAUCGUCUCCAAAACGUAAAAACUUUCAACUGUUUCCUGCUGCAUUUUGUCUUUGGGAGGAGACACCAGCUGUGACUUUCCUUCACAGACAAAACAACAUGUACAAGGAGCUUUCUGGGACAUACUGGAUCAGCAAAGUCCGCUGGGUGGUCAUGCCCCUCAGUUUUAUCCUAAUGGGACAGCAGAGACCGGAGUCAGGUUCAGGACAAGUCUGAUGAAGUUUUUCCAAACCAGCUGCUCAGUGAAGCUAGAAAACUCAUUCAGGAAUCUCAUGAAAAUCCAGGUGUCUCAUGUUUGGAAACUUUACAGAGGUUUAAGGCGGACAUCCAGCAUGGUAACAUAUAUGAGAGAAAUGAGUAGGAUAAAAAAUCUCCUUUGAACACAAAAGAACAAACAACAAGGUCACCAAAGAGUAUGGCGAUUGUUGGAGGGGAUGCCUUGGUAUAGUAUGAAGUUUAAGGUGAGUUCUCAGUAAUAAAGAGUGCAUCUAAGUUAACGUCUCUGCCGCAAAACACAAGGACGUUUCUGUAGUAUAAACUUAAUGGUAGAAAAACACAAAGAGUUAACUGAGAAGAGCAUCAAUCUGAGAAAGAGCGCUCUCUGUGAACGUAAGGUAACAGUCUGUCUGCUCACUUUCUGCUUCAUUCACAAACUGAACCAUGGGGUCAAAGGUCACAUUUAAGUCUAAUCAUGCCUUCUCACGGACAGCCCAUCUUCAGAAACUGUUCAGGAGAUAAAUCCAAUGUACUUCUGUAGCAAGUCUGAACUUCACUUCUUAUGUAAGUAUUUCACUUUGAGUUUUCCAGUCUGCUCACUGAACUCUAAAGUGAUGCUGUACUCUUCGUCAGCGUUGUAGAAACUUUAAUAUGAACAAAAGUCGAACCGAAGGAGAUCGUCAAUGAUAAUGGGAGCUGGAAGGUGGCCCAGCUGCCUUUUAAGAUGAUGGAUAUGCAGCACAUGGAGAGCCUGCCAGACUCUAAAACCAAUAAUUGAGUCUUUUAAUUGGAUUCAGAGCUCGCCUUCCUAAUCACUGUCUGCUCCGUGCAGCUCAGUUCAAGAGUGAGACAUGAAUACUUUUUAGAUUUUAGACUCAGACUUUUUUCUUUCUUCUUCGCUUUUCUAAUUGUGCGCUUCUCAAAAAGAUGUGCCCGACAAAUAAAUGACAGCAGCAGAAAUUUAGCUAGAAACAAGUUCUUUUUAUGAUUGUUCGAGUGUAAAAUCCAACCCCUCAUCUCUUCCCUUUAGGUUGUAUUUCUCUGCUCGGUAUGGAGGGAGGGGGCAUCGCAGAGUCCCAGAUCUCAGCCUCAUCGGUCCGCUACAGCAUGCUGGGUCUGCAGCGCUGGGGGCCUGAACUCUCCCGUUUGAACAACAAGGGACUGGUUAACGCCUGGAGCCCCGCCGCACAUGACAAGAACCCGUGGAUACAGGUAAUAAUGGGGCCGAGCUGCGCCAAAGACGUGUGCGUUAAUAUGAAAAAGAUCGCCUCACUGGAACUUGUAUUUUAAAGCUGCAUCUAUUAUCUUUCCCAACGUCUUCAUCCUGUUUCACUUUCUCUUCCUCCUUUCAGAUCAACAUGCAGAGGAAGAUGAGGUUCACAGGUAUCGUGACGCAGGGCGCCAGUCGCAUCGGAACAGCCGAGUUCAUCAAGGCCUUCAAGGUGGCUUCAAGCCUGGACGGAAAGACCUACACCAUGUACAGAAUUGAGGGAGAGAAGAAGGACCGGGUAAGGAGACAACCCGACAUAACUCACGACUUAUUACAGUUGUUCACACACAUUUUAUCUUCAUCUGUUUAAGGUAAGAGCCGCCACUGUGUGUGUGAAAAAAAGAGAGCAGCUGAUGCAGCGAGUGUGUGCUCUCAUGAGGUCUUGGAAAAACAACCCUGUGUAUAUUCAGUGCAUGUUUUUAGAUUUGUGGCCAACUCUUACAAAAAUGAGUCUAAAUCUGCUUAAAAGUGUCCCGAAAUCAUCUUCAUCUCUCGCCAGUUUUGUCCCCUGAUCCAGUUCCAUCUUUUCCGUUUCGUCUCUGCAGGUUUUUGUCGGGAACGUGGACAACGACGGCACCAAGACCAACCUGUUCGAUCCUCCCAUCAUCGCUCAGUACAUCCGCAUCAUCCCCGUGGUGUGUCGUAAAGCCUGCACGCUGCGCAUGGAGCUGGUGGGCUGUGAGCUCAACGGUAAAUCACACAAAAAAAUACACAACCUACAGUGUACACACUCUACAUGCAGAUACACACAGAUGUUAGUCAUUUAAACUCCAGUCCGGAUUGUUUCUCAUCUUUAAGUCCUCAGAGUUUGGGUCCUGUGUUUCCUCCUCACUAAUUGGUUUCAGCCUUUCGCUCUUAGAGUCUGAUCAGGUUUCCAAAGCCCAUCCUCUGAUGAUCGCUCUCUUUGGCGACUGUAAAGGCAGAUGCACAUUUAUCAAAACCACAUGGUGAUUCAUUACUGUAGUUACAUGAUUCAGUCAAACCCAUCAUCUAAAAACUGUUAGCCUCUCUGGUAAAUGUCUUUUCUGCUGCAGUCAGUUCAGUUCUUCUUGUCUCUUCAUGUAAAACUAACGCAGUUCUUCUUAAAUCAUUGGCCUCAUUUUUUCACUGUUCCUCUUUUGAGUUCUCUCAUCCAUCAGAUCUUCUUUUCUUCCCUCAUCGCCUCUGCCUCGCUCUUUAAAAAUCGCUCUCUAUGUUGCAUGUUUUCUGUCUUUUGGGUCGUUUGUUUUAUGUUGCACAAGAUCACAUCCAUCCUUCAAGCACCAGGAGACGUGUUUUUACUUCUCUUUAGUGCAGGAUCCUCAUUAUAACUGUGAACUAAGUGUGUUUCCUAAAGCGAGCUGACCCGUGUCUGAUCGGUUCUGCUCAGCUGAGUGAAUGAACUGAAGUGUAAAACCUGCAAAGACGAUGAAAGAAAGAGAGAGGAUGUUGCAUAAGGAGUAACGUGACGCCGGCUCACAUCUGUGAAAGUUUCUCUGCGUCUGUGACCCUUUUGUUUAUCUUCGCUAAAUAACACACAUCACAAGUUUGUAAAAGUAUCAGAAGGGAAGUUUGUGUCGACUUUGAUUUUCAGUUUUUGCUCAUUUAAGCGAAACAGAGACAGAGAGAGUUAGAGGGAACUUCAAGCUUGAGCACUCUGAGACUUUGAGUAAAUUUACUUUAGCGCUGCUCAGUUACUGGUCCACUCUGCACCUGCUGCUCUCGUCCUCGUCUUCCUCCUCCUCAUCAUCAUCUCUGUGGUCGGCUGUUUGCUGCUUCACAUCACUGACUGCUUGGGCUGCUUCCUGUCCAUCCCUCUGUCUACCAUGCUCUUCCUUUCUUCCUCUUCUGUCUCUCUUCCUCCUCCGCUCUUCCUGAUCUCACCUCUACAGUAUAUUCAAACACUCCAGGUUGUUCAGAGCCGAUGGGCAUGAAGUCUCGUCUGGUCAACAACCGCCAGAUCACGGCCUCCAGCACCUUCCGCACCUGGGGCAUCGAGCCCUUCACGUGGUACCCUCACUACGCCCGGCUGGACAAACAGGGGAAGACCAACGCCUGGACCGCCGCCACCAACAACCGAUCUGAGUGGCUGCAGGUGAGAAAAGAGCGAAACUUCACAGAGUCAAAGAUCGUUGACUCGCGGUUUGCUGUGUUUGUUGACUAAAGCUGCUCCUCUGUCCUCAAGGUGGAUCUGGAGUCUCCCAAGAAGGUCACGGGAAUCAUCACACAGGGGGCCAAAGACUUCGGCUCCAUCCAGUUCGUCACAGCCUUCAAAGUGGCGCACAGUGACGACGGGAAGUCCUGGACCAUCGUGAAGGACGAGACCACAAAGACGGACAGGGUCAGUUAGAAACCAAAAAUAUCAAACUGAGAUGACCACUGUCGAGUUAAAGCUCCAGUCAGGAACUCUGGGGUUUGUGUCAAAUAUAGUGCCCCCCCGUGGACAAAGCAUGCAUAGCUUAUCGUGUCCUCCACAUGCGUCAGUCGUGUCCUCUGACAAAAAUAAUACUUUUGACACUUUGAAUGUAACAACAGGGCUGAUCUUUCAGCUGAUUGGCCGACAUGUACCAUCUCAUUCUGGUUUCGGGCCUCAUAGUUUUACUAAAUUAAAAUGCUGGCGGUCUCGUUUGCUUUUGUGUAUCACAUAAAUGCGUAAGUGUACAUGUAAAAAGACCCAGAGGAGUUGUGCAAAGAAAGAUCUCGAUGUCGGAGUUUGUAAAUAAGUGAAAUUUUCAGAAGGAAUGCUCUGAGAGGAAACUUUAAAACGGCUCCGCUCCACCUCCAGUUCUCACCCACAGCCGCAACAGAUUAUCCUGAGACUGGAUUGAAUUUGUCUUCAGUCUUCACUCAUCCAUAAUGCAUCCAAACGUCUUCUCACCUGCCAGAUGUGCUCUGAAGCACGGCCAGAUGUAAUCAUGAAUCAGGGGGAGUGGACGGGUGACAGCUUUCUCUGACUUAAUCAGAAAAACAUUUAGGAUUUUUAAGACUGGCUUUUCUAGAGGAGCUCAUAAUCAUUCUCAACGUUCAACAAAAAGGACUCUUUUCUGGGUUAGAGUGUUUUAUGGACUUCUGCAGCUUAUCUUGGGUCAGAAGUAGAAAAUAUCAGCUGUUACUGUCACAGUGUAUCAAACUAGAUGAUUUAUUUAGCUUCAUGGGAACAAAAGACCACUCCUCUGAUGUGAUCAGACACAUAAACAGUCAGGUGUUGUUGUUUAGCUUUACCAGGAUAGUUCUGCACAUUAAAUGUAUUAGUACCAAAAAUAUUGUUGUACUCAGAAUAACAUUUAAUGCCAAAUUUGGAUGCGCAUGCUAUCCAGAGUUAGGUGUUGGGCUAAAACAGUCUACACUUGUUUGUUUGUAGUUGGUUUACAGCUGACUCUUCGCUUGACUUACUUUUUGUAACGUUCAACUAUAACUGUGAAGAAAUGACAGGGGGAAACAAAACAGACUCAAGCACGUACUAGAAAAAAGAAAAUAUUUGGAGUCAGUAUCUUGUUCUGAUCUCUUUUGUCGUCUAGGAAAUGUUAUUUUUGUUGUUUUGAUCGUUUCUGUCUCCUGUUUAGAUUUUCCCGGGAAACAGCGACAACAACGUCCACAAAAAGAACAUCUUCGAGCCGCCGAUAUACGCCCGAUUCGUCCGCAUCCUGCCCUGGGAGUGGCACGAGCGCAUCACCCUGCGAAUGGAGCUCCUGGGCUGCGAUGAGUAGCACCGCCCUCUGCCCAAAUCUGCCUCCUCCUCGUCCUCUUUUUCUCUACCUCCUCCUCCUCCCCCUCUCUCCUCUCCCCACCUUCCCUCCCUCCCUCUCUCCUCCACUCCUGAGCCACGCCUGCACUGCCUUGCUCUCAGCCCUAGGGGGCAGCAAACACCAGAGUAGCACACCUCCACCCAGACCACCCGGCUGUUGGAGAUGUCACCCCUAACCACUGUUCAUUUGGCCGUGAUUCAACGAACUCGCCUUCUCCACCUGAACCAAACCUGUGGUCGGAUUUUUAUCCCAUCAACCAACCAGAUCAAAGGUGGUGACUCCUCCCUACCUCCCUCCUUCCCUCCCUGUCAGAGGUCAGAGGUCAGGGUUAACAGGACUGCUGCUGAUCAGCUGGUGCUGCCUGGACUCCAAUCCAAUCCUAGAUCAGUUCCACCUGGGACAUUUAAGCUUCAAGACCCACGGCUGCUGAUGUAGAUAUGCUCCACCUAACAGCUUGCACACAUCUUUCAAACGAACACGAGAGACACACAGAAUAUACAUGUUGUCUUCAGGUGAUAUAUAUCGAUGCUCACGCUUAACUAACGUCCAUAUCCAUGAAACCAAUCUGUGCAUAAGUACACCUGUUUUCAAAAGUAACCGUGAAAUAUGUUAAGAAGUGCGUCUUGCUCUUUAGAGAGAAACUAGCGAGUCAAAAGUCGUUUUUUAAGAAAACUAUUCCUCUCUAAGUCUAAAGUCGUGUUGCCGUGUGCUUCAGUAUUCUUAGUUUUUCAGCCGCUAAAAUCCGCAGUUUCUGUUUCCUACAGUACGUUUGACAGAGACUUAACAAUCUGAGACUAAACUCAGUAAAACAAACAUGUAGCGACCGAUGACAGCAAAGAAAACGCCCCAUCUUCACUUUUUCUGUUGCAUUCGGAGGCUCCAGGUUGAAUUGGAUUCGCUCGUUUUGUGCCAACGCCCCCUCAGAUAUUUCCAUCUGUGGGUUUGUUUUGUAAAUAUAAGAAGAAAAGAAAAGUGCACUGACACUCACGAUGAAAAAUAUAAACUCAGUUUCAUUUGUGGAAAAAAUCCGUCAAUGAGCCGCAGUCAGACAGAUGUGAUCUGAGAGAGGAGGAAGGACACCCUCAGUGAUGGACAGGAUGUUCUAAACAAAAGACAGCGUGUGAGGUCCAUGUUGAAAGACAAAAGAGACUUUACUGAACUCGACUCGAAGGAAUCAAACCCUCGAGAAGAGAUUCAUGCUGCUGUCAUCGACUGAAGAGACAGCUUAUUUCCCUCAACUUCUCAUUUUCAGGAUCAGAUUAAAAACAUGUCUGAUUAAAUUUCCUUCACACGAGUUAGUCGUACAGUAUUAGAUUAUUAAAAGCUGCUAUAACAAGAUGACAUAAAAACAAAAAAACAUGUUUAUAUCCGCUAAAACUAGUUAGUCAUGUCAGUAACAGGCUGUUUGUUGUGGGAUAGACAUCUGUGCAUUUCUGAACCACUUCAGACUGAGACCCCUCCUCUUUAAAUCUCAUUUUUAACUGACUAGGACAGGGUGACGUGAAAAAUAGUCUGAGGACUGGGUUGCUCCAGCUCUGUUUGAAUUGAACUCGACCUUGUCUGAACAAAAUUUCAAAGUGAGGAUGGAGUUGAUGUUUUACAGUCGUUUUAAAGGUUUGCACCAGCCAAGAUCAUUUCAUUAUAAGCAUUAAUAUCAAUCAAUAUCUUAUACCUAAGUGAACGGGUGGGUGUUUAAGUGUUUGCUCCCUCUAAUUGGGACUUAUGGUCACUCUUAUGGUCCGACACCAACCCCCUUUAAUGGUUUCAGGUGUUCAGGCUAAAAAAUAGAGAAAGUGUCCGUCUUGAUUCACAACCUCACAGGAGCGUUAAGACACAUAGAAGACAGAGCUGGUGCAACAGAGUCCAGAGAGGUUAUGAUUAUAAAAAAAUAAAGGAUGUGAUUGUCUCAGGUCGAAGCAGAUCUCCUCUAAUGUGUAGAAAUCUAACGCUGUCGACUCUCUCCUCCUGCGCUUCUAGUUGUGUUCAGGUUUCCCUGAUUUAUGGCACUUGGAUGUUUGUGUUUUGGUAUUUAAAAAAGUCUAAAACUAUCGAGAAAAAGAAGUGUUGUGCAUUAAAAAGAUGACAGAAAAUAGUAUUAACUCUACGUAAAUAUUCUGUCUCAGUGUCAGCUGAGCUCGGAGGGUCUGGGUGACAUAUUUUGGUUGUUUUUGUAAAUAAGUGACACAUUUAAGCAGGAGAGCUGUCUGUAUUAGUAAAUGUUCAUGUUUCCUGUCGAUCUACAGCCAAACAUUACGCCUCCGGUUGAAGGCUGAACCCCCUCCUCAUGAGACUGUGAGAGAGAAACCAAAUUAAAUCUGAAUUUUACGCUUUCAGUGGACAUGUGACACCGUGAACCGUCAUAUCAUCAUCUCUGCCUCUGCCUCCCCCGUCACAGCGCUCUGAACCUCUCCACUCCCAUGAAUUAUGUAUUAUGGGCUUGUGCAAUAUUAUACUGUGUUAGUUUUGAUAACAAUGAAUAUUAAUUCAAGACCCUUUAAAAAAUGCAUGAGGGGAUAGCGGUGCCACUGAGAGGUCGAGGAUGGAUGUUGGUGUCAAACACUGUACAAUAUUUAUUAUUGUCGCAGACGAUCCUAUCAACAGUCAGCCCUCUUUUUUUUGUUUCUGCGUCUGCAUGCGUUUUACCCACUCGAGUUGGACCAGUUCAGAUUUUUGGUGACGUGGUUUCAUUUUUUACUAGAUCGACAUUGACAGUAUUGUAGAAACCUUUUCUCCCUAAUGUUCAGGUUUUCUAUACACGAUAAAAAAAAAAACUAAAGUGAUGUUUUUGUGGUAUUUUAUGAGUUCAUUUCUUGCUCUUCAGACUGUUGACCUCACAGAUUUUUGACUGGAUUUGAUUUUUUUUUAAAUUCCAGUUUUGUGUUUCUAAGAGAAUUCCUUUAUGUUUGGCCUUUGUAUCUUUAAAUGAAGAAUAAAUAAAGACUUAAAAAAAGACA